AAUAGUGUCCUCACUAUUCCAUCGUUUGAAAUAAUUGAUUUGAUGAAAAGCAGCCAAAUGGAAGGUGAGAGACAGAGAAAAAGGCAAACAGAAGUCGGGCUGUGAAGAUCUAAAAGCUGAAUCUUAUAAGGAGGAAUUGGCGGAGAAUGGCAUCGGUGACUAAAGAGGACUGUUUGGAGAAAGAGGAAAUGGAAAUGGAUUCGCUGUUUGAGGGAAUGGUUCUGUUCAAUCCGAGUGGAGAUGUGGGACAAUUGGAUAAUGAAGCCCUUGAUGAGAACCUUUUCUCGGAUCUCACUCUCAUGAAUCCCCCCUCUCAAUCCCCAGUACUGCUUCAACAAGAAGAUGAACCCCAACCUCCUUCAACAGUAUCUCGGCAGAAUUCCAGUAGUAGGAGAAGAAAAAAAGCUGCAACUUUAAGGAUAGGAUAUGCCAGAGAUAAUGCGACCCUUGACGAUCCCUUGCCCCACGGGACCCACCAAGAACAAAAACUUGAAGAAGAGGAAGCUGAGGGGUGGAGAGAGGAACGAAAGAACAUCAUCCUUAGUGGCGCUGACUCUCUGGAUACUCCUAUCAUGGAUGCUGGUCUUCAUCUAAACCCAGUAGAGUUGAAAUUCGAGCAAAUCAGGGCCAGCAUUGCAGACAAGCUUAAGUUGGCCCGUGGGGCGGUAACCUCCGUGUCCGCACUGCGGAAAGAAUCUAUACGUAGGAGAAGAAAAGCUCUCGACGACUUCAAUGGGGCAUCUACCCGCCAUGCGGAGUUGGAGAAGAAGCUGGAUGAAGCUUGUGAAGCAGAGGAUUUUGAGACCGCUGAAAGGCUCAGUGUGAAUCUUGCUUCCGCAGACAAGGAAAAGGAACGCUUGCUCAUCCUCCUCAGAGAUGCUGAAAAACAGUGUGAUGUCCUUGACAGUAAGAUGCAGGAGGUUCUUGACUCGCUUAUUCAGGCCGAGGAGGAAUGUGUGUAUUUGCUACGAAGAUUUUCAGAGGAAGCUGCAAGUAAUGCAGAUUCAGUCCUGAUGAAUGCAGAAGCAAUAUCUUCAAAAGACAGUGCUGAGUGGCUUUCAUCAGUUGAAGCCAUAGAAGUCAGCAAGUUUGAAUUAGAAAUUCAAUCCCAAUUAGUUCAUGAAGCUAAGUCUGUUUUGGAUGAAUCAAUUGAUCACUCAGUGGAGGAUGAUCGGAGGGAAAUAGAUGUUCUUUGCAAGAGAAAAGAAGUAUUGGCGGAGGAACUGAGGAAACUGCUUUCCUUAGUGAAAGAGAAGGAAGCAGAAAUAGCAGAAAAUGAUGCUCUCAUUCAAAAAGUUGAGCAUAGGAUUGAUGGGGUUGUCUCUUGCUUUAAAGAGGUUCAAGCAAGUAUAGCUAAUAAUUAUGAUAAAUUGCAGUCACACCUUUCGGAGCUGAUGGUCGAGAAUGAAGUUUUACGGAAAAGAAAGAAAGAUAUUGAUAGUUACCUUUCUCAACAAGAAUCCACAGGAGAAAAGAUUAAGAAUCUUUCCAGGAUUUCUGCUGAUGAAGCAAAUAUGUAUGAAGAAGUUGUUGGUCUUAGAAAGAGUCUGGCUAUGUUCAUCUCGAAAUCUAAGGCCUAUAGUGUGACCCUUGCCAAAAGUGAAGAAAGGAUUUCAGAGGAGGUGCAAAUUCUCAAGCAGGAAAUUUUUGCUGCAAGAUCUUCACUUCAGCAAAUGGAACAAACGUUAAAGUGGUCGACCUACAAAAAAGAGGCAUGCAAUGGUGUCUCAACUCUGGGAAAUGAAUUGAUAAAACUAGGAGGAGUACCUGAGAAACACUCCCAGCUUGUGUAUGGUGGUUCAUUUGGGAAGAAAAGAACUUGAGAGAUUCUGAAAGCAAAGCGGAUCUCAAGAAAUUGAUAGUAUUUGAAAUAUCUUCCCUCCUUCGGAUUUUGGUGCUACCUCGUCUUGUUUUAGCAUCUUCGAUCACCAUGGUGUCUCAUCUACGGGUCAAUGCAUUUGGAGGUCUACAUAUGACAUGACCAAAUAUCUCAGAUGAUAUUUCCUCUGCUACUUUUUACCUUCUGCCUGAGUCAUACAUCCAUCUUAGCGUUUACAUUUUUGCUACACCCAUUUUGUGGAUAAGGGCCUAACAUUCACUCCUAUAUAGCAUUUUUGGUCUCAGAACCUUUAUAGAACUUGCUUUUUGGUUUAGUCUUAUUGCACAAUACGUUCCUCUAGCACUUCCAUUUCGGCCAUUGUAUUUUAUUUUGUGUUACAUCUUCAUCUAUCAUGCAAUUCUCUUGAAGGACUGAGGUUAAAUAUCUAAUUGUCUGCGCUUAGGCAUGAGAACACCAUUUAAUCUCACAUCAGGUUCAUUCUUCUUAUGUUGAUUAAGCAUUCAGCGCGUAUAUUCUGUCUUAGUUUGGCUUAUCCUAAAACUCUUUAAAUGUUAUACUCUUUUAUUAGAUGUAUAACCAUGUGGGAAGACUUGAUUUGCAAAUAAUAAACUCUCAGCAUUAGUAUUAAGAAGAAUUGUAUGUUUGUGCAUGGGAUAUUCAACCAGUAUUGCAUCUGAAAUAUUUGAGCUUCUUGGGACUUAAUUGGUAACCAUGAAGUCACCAAUUUAUCCAUGUGCACAUUUAGAUGCUACUGUGUGUAGGUUGUAGGCUUGAUUAUUGCCAUUCAGUUUAAUAAAGAUCGUUGUUUUCAUUUAUCCAGUGCUUGGAUAGUUUUUAGCAGUUCUUCAUUGUCCAUCUCAGUAAUAUUACUCUG